GAAAAUAACACCAGAGGAGAAUCUUUAGCAGUACAAAACAAAACAUAAACAAUAUGUCUGAGUUUCUCCCGGAAGUGUUAGUCGUUGAGAUACUCGCAAGGCUAUCGAUGAAGGAUCUGAGUCGAUUCAGAUGCGUCUGCAAGACAUGGAGAGAUCUUAUCAACCACCGUGGCUUCGCCGAAAGGUACCGAGAGAUUUCUCAAGUGAGGUUCGUAUCGUUUUACCACAAGGGUUUGUACUUGCUUGACGUUGUAGGCAAGAAUGUAGUGAUCAAAAACCCACAUAAGCUUGACUUCCCUUUGGAUGAGGCCAUCAUCGAUGAGUCCACAUGUGUCCUUCAUUGUCAUGGGACGCUAUGUGUGGCCGUAAAGAAUCACACAUUAACCGUUUGGAAUCCAUAUUCGAAACAAUUCAAGACCAUACCAAAUCCCGGUAUAUAUCGUGAUUCAAACAUCCUUGGUUUCGGUUAUGAUCCGGUUUCCCAAGAUUACAAACUAGUAACGUUCAUCGACGAGCUUGUUUCCUCCACUGCGCAUGUUUUCGAAUUUAGAACCGGUUCUUGGAGAGAGGGCGUACCGGUUCCUUAUCCUGAUUGGCAUUACAGAGAGAGAGUAGGUACCUUCUUGGAUCAAUAUAUCUAUUGGAUUGCGUACCGGUCUAGUGUCGACCGGUUCAUCCUAUGCUUUAAUCUCUCAACCUAUGAAUACCGGAAAUUAGCUCUCCCGGUUUACAACCAAGUUGUCACAUGUUCUUGGUUAGGCGUUACAAGCCAAAAGCUUUGCGUUAUAGAGUACGUACCGUGGGAGAAGGAGUUUUGGGUUUCGGUUAUGGAGAAAACCGGAUCAUGGAACAAAAUUAUAAGCCUUUCAGUGUCAGACUUUAUCGAUGUACUAGAUGAUAAAUAUGAUUAUCAAGUCGAGUUCGUGUCGUUUACGAAAAAUAAUGAUGUGGUCGUAACGUUCACUGGGUAUUACGAUGGUGUCGAGAGGGAAGUUAGAGAACGUGAGAAGAAGAAAAUGUUGCUAUUCAAAACCGGUGAUAGUACAUUUGAACAAGUCCGGUUAUGUAACUCUUUAGUUGGGUUUCGGUUUCUUACUGAAUAUGUGGAGACUCCUGUAAUUAUUGAUCGUAUAUUUAUUUGAGCCAAGAAAUGAGCAUUAGCUUUGUUUUAAUGAGAAUAUAGACUUGACCAUUAGGUCUGUGUUAUACGUCUAUUUAAUGUACAGGUUUUCUCGAAAUGGUUAGUCCUAUUUAAU